AUGGCAGAACCGCCGGCGAAAAUACUACGCUUAACGUCGCAAAAGUCCCUCGCCCAUCGUCUUGUCCUUGCUACGCUCACGGGACGACCUGUCCAUCUUUCCAAAAUCCGUCCUGAUUCCACGUCAAAUCCAGGACUUGCGCCCCAUGAAAUCUCGUUCCUCCGUCUGCUCGAAGCAGUAACAAACGGCUCACACAUAGAGAUAUCCUACACAGGAACGACGCUCGUCUACAAGCCAGGGCUAAUCACUGGCAGUGCACCAGGUUCAGGCGCAAGUGGAGGAGUCAUCCGCCAUGAAUUACCAGCCGUCUGCGCAAGAGGAAUCAGCUAUUUUUUGAUACCAUUAUGUUUACUUUCACCUUUUUCUAAAGCACCAAUGAAUGUGCUUUUCACUGGUCCAGGUGUUAUCACCUCUGCGACGCAAACAGGCGAUGUGUCGGCGGACAGUGUGCGGACAGCUAUCUUGCCCUUGUUCGCCCAUUUCGGUAUUAUGAAUAACAUUGAACUCAAAAUACUACGACGAUCAAAUGCUGGGCGCGGUGGUCAAGGGGGUGCUGGCGAAGUCCAAUUGAUCUUUGGGCAUCAGGUUCGCCUACCUAUCACUAUACAUAUCCUCAAUCCGGGCAAGAUAAAAAGGAUACGAGGUGUUGCGUAUUGCACUGGAGUCUCUUCAUCGAACAACGCUCGAAUGAUUGAUGCGGCUAGAUCCAUAUUGAAUUCAUUCACAGCGGAUACUUAUAUAUUCUCUGACGUGACUCCCGCGCCUCAUUCGCCACCUGUAGAUACGUCUGGGUCCGGUCAAGGACGCAAAUCCGGGCUAGGUUUUGGCCUUUCCUUAGUUGCAGAGUCAUCGAAUGGCUCGCUCUACUCGGCAGAUGUUGCCUCACCGUCUGCUGGUGGAACACCACCUGAUGCUCUUGGAUCUCAAUGUGCCUACCAAUUACUCGAGACCAUCUCGAUGGGUGGCAGUGUCUCUUUGCUAGCAGCACCAGUUGUACUGACUCUAAUGAGCAUGGGCUCGGAAGAUGUCGGCCGUGUUCAGCUUGGUAAAGAUGUCGCUGGCAGCGAGGCUCUUGUGGACUUGGCACGAGAUCUCAAAGCGUUCGGCGCCAGCAGCUGGGGCAUCCGUGAGGCUGCUCAAGGCUCAGAAGGCGACGUUGUCGUUAGUGUGGUGGGCAAAGGAGUCGGCAACGUUGGGAGAAAGAUAACUUGA